AUGACAAGCUUCUUCAACUCCCCCGCAAAAGUCAUCGGCGCGUCGAUCGCCCUGCGCGCUGUGCUACUAGUCUACGGCGCCUGGCAAGACGCCCACUCGCCCAUCAAAUACACCGACAUCGACUACCUCGUCUUCACCGACGCAGCGCGGUACAUCUCGCGCGGCGCAUCGCCCUACGCGCGCGACACGUACCGCUACACACCGCUGCUCGCCUGGCUUCUCCUCCCGACGACAUGGGACUCCGCCCCGGGCUUCUUCUCCUUCGGGAAGGCGCUGUUUGCGCUGGCGGAUGUUGUGGCCGGGUGGCUGAUCGCCAGGGUGCUGGUCUCGGCGUAUGGGAUGGGUCAGGAGCGGGCGCUGAAGUACGCGAGCGUCUGGUUGCUGAACCCCAUGGUUGCGAAUAUCAGCACCCGCGGCAGCUCGGAGGGGUUGCUGGGGGUUCUGGUUGUGGGGUUGUUGUGGGCGGUGCUGAGUCGCAGGGUGAGUCUUGCGGGUGUGAUUUUGGGUCUGGGCGUGCAUUUUAAGAUUUAUCCGUUUAUUUAUGGGCCGGCGGUGAUUUGGUGGUUGGAUGCUGAGAGGGAUGGUUCCCCCCUUUCCUCCCCUCAUGGUAAAGCUGCUCGGGAGAAAGACCAGCACGAGAACCAGGACAUCCUGUCCAGGGCAGUCAACUUCCUCACUCCCGCACGCAUCCACCUCACGCUCGUCGCGCUGGCUACCUUCUCCGCCCUCAACGUCUCAAUCACCCUCCUCUACCUCUCCGCCGCGGGCGGCGCCCGCACUGCCUUUGAGUCGCUUGCGUUCAUCCCGCAGCUUCUCCUGGCGGUGGUUGUCAUCCCGCUGGUGCUUGGGAAGAAGAGUCUGGCGGGGACGAUGCUCGCGCAGACGUUUGCGUUUGUGACGUUUAAUAAGUAUUUCCUCUGGUACCUCAUCUUCCUCCCGUUCUACCUCCCAUCUUCAUCUUUGAUGAAGAAUCCGAGGAAGGGGGUAAUGGUUGGGCUGUUGUGGGUUGUUGCUCAGGCUCUCUGGCUGCAACAAGGGUAUAACCUCGAGUUCCUGGGUCUGUCGAGCUUCGUCCCGGGGUUGUUCCUGGCGAGUUUGUUUUUCUUUGCGGUCAAUGUUUGGAUUCUGGGGAUUAUUGUGGAAGAUGUGGGUGGCGCAGCUUGA